AACCCCUCCUAGCUUUCAGGAGUCCUUCAUCCAGCUCUCCUCACCCAUGGAAGUGGAGAACAGCCUCCUGGAGAUGACCCCAGAGCAAGUCCAGCAGGAGAUCAAGCUUUGCAAGGAGCUUUGCAGUGCCCUGGAACAAGACUGUGUGGAGCUACAAACAGCCAAGGAAGCUGUAGAGCAGAGGACACGAGAGCUCUGGAAGGAGGGCGAAUCUCUUCACAAACAUCUUGACCAAAAAAUGUCUCUGAACAGGGUCCACAUGGCAUCCUGCCAGAAGAGCAUUUGUUUAGCAAAGGAGGAGAGGAGCAGGCUGAGGCAGGAGAAGCAGAUGCUGGAAAAGAGCCUGGAAGAAGUGAAGAGGAAGGGCCUCACAGAGGAUCCUGCAAUGCUGCUGCCUUCCCUGCCAGAGAGGAAAAUGGUGUUUAAGGGCCAGGUGACGGACAAGGAGGACACGAACACGCUGAUGCUCACGCCGCUGAUCCACUACCCGCUGCCGGGGGGCUCAGGCCUCAUUACCUUCGCGAACUCGGGGCGGGUGGUGCUGAGCUUCGCGCAGGAAGGAGUGGCGGAACAGCUAAUAGCUCAAGGGUGCAUCCAGUUCCCGAUCAGGAAAGCAAAAUACGAGAUCAAAAUAUCGCCCUACCUGAGUGGAGACAUCACCAGCCUGCAGGUAAGGGUAUGAG